UUUGUCUUUCCUUUUAAAUAACCUUCCCACCACACAGUUUCAUCAUCACCUAUCACUCAUAAUCUCUCUCUCUCUCUCUCAAGAUCAAGAUCAAGAUCAAGAUCACCACUCAAUCCUCCAGAUGACAAUGAGCACACUCAACCAACAAGUUCUCGCACUUCCAGAAGCCAAGACUGCUCCAUCAGGUUACUUUUCUGACCUAGCUUCCAUCAACAACCUCCAAAUCCCAACAUCUUCCAAGAACUCUGAACAAAUCAAGAAAAAAACUAUUCUGAGAAAGAAGAAAACCGAGAGCUUCACAAACGAUAAUAGAGAUCAAAACAAGUUAGGGCCCAAUCUGACAGAAACAGUCAAGAGAAAGCUAUCAUUGGGAGCUAAGAUCAUUCAAAUGGGAAGCUUAGAGAAGAUUUAUAAACGGCUCUUUAGAGUCCACGAUGAAGAGAAACUCUUCAAGGCUUACCAGUGUUACCUAUCCACAACCGCAGGUCCCAUAGCAGGCUUACUCUUCAUCUCAUCAAAGAAGAUUGCUUUCUGCAGCGAGAGAUCUAUCAAAGUGGCUUCUCCUCAGGGAGAUAACGUCAGGGUUCACUACAAAGUGUCAAUACCACUGUGCAAGAUCAAUGGAUUGAACCAGAGUGUGAACACGAAGAAGCCCUCUCAGAAAUACCUAGAAGUAGUCACUGCGGAUGGCUUUGAGUUCUGGUUUAUGGGUUUCUUGAGCAACAAGAAAGCUUACAACUGUCUCGAGCAAGCGCUUUGUCUGAGCAUGGAGCAAUAACAAGCCCAAGGCUGAAGAGGAAAUAUUUAAUUUCUAAUUAGGAGAGAGCUUAGAAAAGUCAGAAAAUAUUGUACAAACUCUUUUUUUGUUUAGCUUUAACCCUUUUGUUAUCCAUUGUUUACAAGAGCAAGAUAUUGAAUAUAUUUAGCUUGAUCCCA